AUGCAUUCAAUUGUGUCAAUCACUAUUAUUUUGCUAAUAUUAGAAUCGAUCUCAGGUGCACCUGUUCAAGAUAGUCGUGUAAUAAUCGGAUCGACUUUUGGUGGUGUUAUUGGUUUAAUUAUUUUGAUUCUCGAUUUAAUUGCUAUUUUUGAAUUACUUACCUCAAGUGGUCAUAGUAUGUGUUCAAAGCUUAUUUGGAUUUUAAUUAUUCUCUUUUUUCCGAUUGGUGGUUUAAUUUUAUAUUGGUGCUGUGUUCGACGUCGUACUGUUGAUCAACUUCUUUGA